AUAUUCGACCCGAGCUUGCUUCUACGUAUAGUAGUAUUCAUACUCUUCGAUUUUUCUCUUUUUUCACUUUUUGCACAGCACAGACAAAGCCAGUGUCUUUGAGCCACCCGCCAAGAAAGACAUUCCGCGAGCGCCAUCUCUCCCAAAGCGGAAGCUGAGAAGGCGAUGUCUCAAGACGGCGGGUCCACGGAGGAUCUUCGUGCCUAUCCCUCCGGGACAGUCAACGUCUCCUUCCAGCAUGACAUUCUCUCGCCGAGCAAAAGCUCUGACACUUCAACUCCCGAUAGACCGACCCGCCUUCACGUCUCCCUCCGCAACGUCUGCUACGAUGAAGCGACCAAGCAGUCCGAGGCAAAGCAGCUCUUCCACGUGAUCGACAAGCACCGGGCGCAUUUACGAGAGUGGCUUCCUUGGCUCGACUUUGUGAAGAAGUUUGAAGACCAGUUUUUCUUCUUGGAGAAGACUAGCUGCGAGGGAAAGGCGAAGAAGUCGUUUGUCCAGGUGAUCGAAGUUCGAGAGGAAACAGCAGCACCAGUCAUCGCGGGCACAUGCAGUUUCAACUUCGUGGACCACGAGAGGAAGAUCGGUUACGUUGGGUAUUGGCUGUCAAAGGAGUUUGCGGGUCUUGGAUUGAUGACGAAGUGCGUGGAGAAGCUUGUUCAAUUUGGUGAGAAGGAGUUCCAACUCCAGCACUUUGACAUUUCCUGUGCCGUGGGGAACUUGAAGAGCCAGAAAGUGGCGGGAAAGUUAGACGGGUUUUUGAAAUUGGAAGGCGUGAAGGACGUGGUGAAGUUGUACGGAGUGGAGCACGAGCUGAUGUCGUUUGUGAGAACAGUAGUGGAAAAACCCGACUAUUCGGCGCGGGAAGCGAGGAAGGAUUUUCAAGUCAGGGACCUGAUGUAGAGGAAGAAGAGGAUGAGGAGGAGCAGAUAUUCUAGCGCCGGAACAGCUGCAAUGCUUCAUUAUUGGUGGUACAGACGACAAUGCAAGUGGUCUGCACCUGACUGCUUCUGCUCUACUUGCGACCAGCACGGAGGCACUUUGUCUGUUUGCAGUGUUGUAGAAGUAGUUAGCGCAAGGCAGAGUCCUAGCAUCUCACUCGGAUAUGUUUCCGUCAGCAUCAGGCGAUCUCCGCUGAUAUGUACA